AUGCGACUACUCCUCCUUGCCGUACUUUUGGUGGGCUCCAAAGUCGCCGAUGCCGUUCUCGACGGGACUGAGUAUGACUAUAUCAUUGUAGGCGGAGGCACCGCAGGGCUGGUCGUCGCCAACCGGCUCUCUGAGGAUCCCAGCCUCUCAGUUCUGAUAAUCGAGGCUGGUGGAUCUGUGAGAUAUAACCCCAACGUGACAGAUCCGAGUCGGCCAUUUGCUGCUGUGAAUACAGCCAUUGACUGGGCCUACAAAACGACAGGACCACAGUGGGGAGGAACCAACUCUGCCAUUCAUGCAGGUCGUUGCUUGGGAGGUUCCAGUUCAAUUAAUGGUAUGUCCACCACUCCGCCUUGUCACCGUCAUGCCAUUUAA